AUGCCCCGAAUCAAGAUGGAAAGCGUCAAGGCUGAGCCGCCGAAUGCCAACUUGCACGAACUGCCUAGGGUUCCCGAUACGGUCCUGCAGCAGUCGGCAGCAAUUACAAAUCCUUCAGCAUCUACCGCUGCCCCAUCUUUAGAAACUGCUCAACCCAAUGAUUCACUCCCUCAUGUCAAGCCUGGACCAGGGUCUGCAGCAGUCGUCAAGAAAGAGCAAGCCAACCCCAUUCUCAGCCCCGCCAACCAAGCCAACAAAUCUCGAAUUUCUGUCGAAGAACCUGAGCAGUCUGCCACCCAAGAAGAAAUCCCCAAUUUCCUAGAGCAAUGGACAACAGAAACCUCCCCUGAGAUCCUUGAACGAGGCGUCAAGAUCGGCUUAGAGGUCCUCGGAAGCCUCAAGGUUCCCCUCAGCCUCACCGCUUCCCUCCCAGGCACGCAGGCUAUGACAUGGGUCAGGGCAAUUGAGGACCUCAAGGCCCGCUCUCGGCCGUCUAAAACCAUUGUUGGCGUCGUGGGCAACACAGGUGCUGGCAAGAGCUCUGUCAUCAACGCCCUGCUAGACGAGGAGCGACUUUUACCAACCAACUGCUUGCGCGCCUGUACCGCUUCGCCUACUGAGAUCUCCUAUAACGACUCCGAGAACCCCGGGGAGCUCUAUCGCUCAGAGAUAGACGGGAACAUUUCACGCGAAUGUGCUAACGAAGACAGCGAGGCAGGCAUCGCCUACGCCAAGAUAAAGUCUGUCUACCCUAACAAAACAAGAGAGAUGAUUGCUCAGAGCGACCCUGACCGCUUGGUCAAUGAGCCUGCUGUCGCUCGUGUUCUUGGCAGCGUCAAGAAGCUGAGAGCAACCACAGCGAAGGACUUGUACGCAAGCAUGCAACGUUAUGUGGAUAGCAAGGAGAAGAACCCGCACAAGAAGGACGUCCCCAUGGAGUUUUGGCCCCUGAUUAAGGUUGUCCGGAUAUUCACAAAGGCAAACGCCUUGUCUACUGGUGCCGUCAUUGUCGAUCUUCCUGGUGUCCAGGACUCCAACGCGGCUCGUGCUGCUGUAGCACAGAAUUACAUGAAGGCAUGCACCGGUCUUUGGAUUGUUGCCCCUAUCAACAGAGCCGUCGACGACAAGACAGCCAAAUCACUGCUGGGUGAUUCGUUCAAGCGCCAACUCAAGUACGAUGGUAUCUACUCGGCUGUUACGUUCAUCUGCUCAAAGACAGACGACAUUUCAGUGACUGAGGCUGCUGAAAGUCUCGAUAUUGAAUCUGAUAUCUCUGCUUCUUGGUCCAAGAUCGAGAAGCUCCGCGGCGAACUUCGAGAACUCAAGAGAAAGCUCAAUGACGCCAGGGAAGAGAAGUCGGACCUUGUCGACGGCCUCGAGCAAAUCGACACGCUUUGGGAUAAAUGGGACGACCUCGCCAACAAACAUGCUGAUGGACAAACUGUCUUCGCCCCAUCAGAGAGCAAGAAACGGAAGCGUGGAGCUACUUCAUCCAAGAGUCGGAAACGCAAGUCAUCAUACUCCAGUAGCAGUGAGUCAGAUGAUUCGGACUACAACUCGGACAGCGAUAAGGAAAACCAUCCCGAUAGCCAGAACCGGCAACCUUUGACAGAGAAUAAAAUCCACGGGAAGCUAGCUGAUCUGAAGAAUCACAAGAAGAGAAUCCGACAGAGGCGAAAGGAGGUGGAUGCGGUACUCUCCAACAUGCGACAGGAAAUCAAGAACAUUCAGGCAGAGGAAGAGCGGCUGCUUGGGGCAGCCAAGGCGGUGUGUAUCCAGGGCAGAAACAACUAUUCCAAGGGCGCCAUUCAGCGUGACUUUGCCAUGGGUAUCAAGGAGCUGGAUCAAGAGACUGCAAUCGAGGAAGACGAAGAAACAUUCAAUCCCGACGAGGAUAUCCGUGAUUAUGACGAGGUCGCCCGCAACCUGCCCGUCUUCUGUGUGAGCAGCCGCGCUUACCAGAAGAUGCGAGGACGGCUGCAGAAGGAUGAUUUCAACAAUGAUGGCUUCCGGGAUGUCAACGAAACAGAGGUUCCUCAACUUCAACAGCACGCUAAGAAGCUCACCGAAGGCGGCCGCGCUGCUGGUGGCCGUCGCUUCCUUACCGAACUCAGCCAACUUCUCAACUCAAUGAAGAUGUGGGCUGCCAACGAUGGAUCGCGGUCUCACUUAAGCCAACGAGAGUUGCAGAGUGAGGGAACUCGUGUGCGAGUGCAGCUUGCUACACUGGACAAUCUCAUCCUCACUUUACAGUCAUUGACUGACACGCGACAGGACUUCGCCAAAGCCGUCGAUGACUGCAUUGUUUCCGUGAAAGACGCGCUAUCGGAGAGUAUUUACGACUACUUUGACCUAUCGAUUCCUAUGGCAGCCAGCGCGGCUGGUCCUACGGCAUCCGGCUGGGGUGCUCAUCGCAGCGAAGGUGGAAUGUUUUGGGCCACAUACAAGGCAACAUGCCGCCGGUCGGGAGUCUACUCAGGCGUAUCUGGUCCUCGGGACUUCAACGCAGAGCUGCUCGAGCCGAUCUCCCGACAGCUAGCGAGUGGUUGGGAACGAGCUUUUCAGCGUCGACUGCCAUCGGCCUUCGAGGGCUUCGCUAUGAACGCUCGCCUUUUACUCGAGGGGUUCCAUGGCAGCGUCAUUGCACGAUCUCAAGAGCUGGGUGCCGAUUACAACGGCAUCAAUAUGCUGAGUACGCAGUUGCGAGCUCACACCGCCCGUCUCAGGGAGAUCCCUGGGACACUUCGCACAGUCGUCCAAGAGUUGCAGCGUGAGGCUAGCCGCGGCUUCCACCCUGUCGUUCAACAGGAAAUGCAGCCGGCUUACGACAUUUGUGUCGCGGAGUCAGGCCCUGGUUCCUACGCUCGCAUGAAGAAUCAUAUGGUCAGCCACGUUGAGGCCUCCCGUGAUACCAUAUUCCGCCACUCCACUGAUAGCGUCAAGGAGCAGCUUGAGGCGUUGUGCCGACGACUUCAGGAUGAAUUGACUGCGCAUGUUCAAGACAUCUACAGCCUGCUUGCCCGCGAUUACCUACAUGUCCUCAUUGGCGUCGACAAAGAUCCUAAGCCCACUGGCCUCCCUCGUGCUGAGCGACUGCUUCGAGCAGAGAUGUACCGUAAGCUGGAGCAGACAGCCAAACGCUUCGCCAGACCUAGUCAGGACGCGAGCGCAGAUGCUGCAAACACUACCGGCGGAGGCGACGGUGACGACCCGUUUGCAGACUCGGCCAUAGCUGAUAUGGACGAUCUUUUGUUGGCCCAGCUUUGCGGUGAUACUGUUCAGGGUGCUGAUGCCCGGGGAACAGUCAAGAACGAGCCUUGUGCAUAA